AUGGUUAUCUUCAUGCAUCUCCCCUCGGACGAAGAAAUCGAGGCUUUCGAGAAUUCGGUUCUCGGACAAGCCUAUCAUUUUACCGACCGAGCUUUGAUUCGCGAGGCUCUUCAAGGCCCUAGUAUCUUCAACCACAGCGGUCAAAAGACCCUCGCAUUGGUUGGCGAUGCGACACUCCGCCAGUUUCUCGUUGAUCAAGGCCGAGAGAGGAACAAAACUCCGGGGGAGAUUCAGGACGUCAUCACCAAGGUGGCCUCCAAUGACAACUUGUAUGACCGGGGCAUUGCCCUUGGACUUGACCCUUUCAUCGUGAAGAACCCGGGCCAAUGGGGCAUAACGGCCGGAAAGAAGACCAUGCCUACCACCAUGGAAGCCAUAAUUGGCGCAGUUUUCUAUGAUUCCGCCAAGAACGGCGAUGACCUCGAAAAUGUUCUCACUGCCCUCGGCCUCAUCUGGCCCGAGUGA